AUGUCGCAGGCCGCGGCGCGGCUUCGGGCAGUAGUCGCGUGUCUGCUACUACUCGUCGGCAGCUCCCUUCAACAAAGAGAUCCGGUGCAGAAUUUUUGCCGCCGAUGGGGCCACCAGACGGCCGUCGUUGACGACAAACUGUAUAUUGAUGGCGGGUUCAUGACGUUUUCGGGGGAUAGUAGCCAUCAGAACGUGAGCAAUACGUUCUUCAUAUACCAUGAUCUUUCCACCGUAGCCUCCGAGGGCAUGCCACCACCGCAUACCGGUCUGUCGAAGAAUGCGUCAAUCCCAAACGUCAAUGGUGGAGUGUUUUGGCCCGAUACCGUCAAUAAGCGGAUCUAUCUCUUUGGCGGGGAGCAAAACGAAGGGAAGCCCGAAGACUUUCGAUUAUACUCUUACGACGUGUUAAAUGAUCAUUGGGAUAGCUUUGGGUACCCGAAGUCUGAUAAUAUUAUGAGCCUGAGCUAUGGUGCUGGAGUAUCUGUGCCCAAUCGUGGCCAGGCGUAUUAUUACGGAGGGUACAUGAACAGUAAAACAGCACCAGACUGGGAGGGUUCUCAAGUAGCGACAUCAAGCCUAUUGAUCUAUGAUAUGGAUAAGAAUUCAUGGUCCAAUACAACUGGGCUCGAUGAUUUCCGCCGAGCGGAGGGCGUGAUGGUAUAUAUACCCGCCGGAGAUGGAGGAUUUUUGGUAUACUUCGGGGGCAUACGCCAGAAGCAAGAUGGAAAAUGGGAAGGGCAACCAAUGGAGGAGAUAUUGCUUUACGACGUGACAAGUGGCAGGAGAUACAAACAAACAGCAACGGGCACGAUACCUCAGAUUCGCCGUAAGUUUUGUGCCGGCGUGACUUGGGUGGAAGAUCAGUCUUCAUAUAACAUAUAUCUGUAUGGCGGCAUGGGGGAAAAGGAUGGCUCCCUCGGCUUCGACGAUGUUUACGUCCUCAGCAUUCCUACAUUCACCUGGGUGAAGCUGUUCCCGAAAGAAUCCAAAGACCCAGGGUCAAAUCCACACCACAGUAUGUCCUGCAACGUUGUCAAUACUGCCCAGAUGAUUGUACAUGGAGGUUUCUUUCCGGAGCACGAUGAUUGCGAAUUAGCAUGGGGCAUCCACAACCUCGAUUUGGGGAAGAAUAAUGAAGAACAGGCCUUUUGGCUGAGGUACAUCCCGAGCAAAAAGAAGUACCAGGUUCCCCCUGAGGUGCUCUCAGCUACCGGAGGGGAGUCUUCUGGAGGGGCGACAAAGAAGAAACCAGCUAAUGGAUGGUCUCAUUCGGACUUGGAAACAUUGAUGACUCGUGUCGCGGAUACUUCGACGAGGGAGCCUACGAGAGACGUUAACCCGGGUGGCAAUAAGCUGGGCACAGGCCCAAUUGUGGGCAUUGCGAUCGGCUCUGCUGUUUUCGUGGCGCUGGUCGCUAUAGGGGUAUGGAUAUUUGUUCGCCGACGAAGAAGGAGCCGUGAAAUUGCUACCGUUUUAUCCUCACCCCAGGGACAUAUGUCUGUUGCGGACCAGAGCCAAGGCACCGCAUACCAGUCCUCCUUGGGACCCUGGAGUGCAGGAACAACAUACUAUUCGCCCCAACUGGACCAGCAGUCUCGCAGCCAUUCGGUUUACCAUACAACGGUCCCGAUGUCCAACUUCGGGGUACCGGGUGAAGGUAAACCAGAUGAGUUUGGGAAUCCCGCCACGAUUCCAGAGCUUCCUGGUCAAGAUGAUCAUGUCGAGCUAUCGGCAGAUCCUCGAGCUGACAACGAGGAUGAACAAACUAAAACCCCCCACAAACGUGGAGAAGAACACCCAUAG